AUGGUCGGGAGCGAUGUGAGCCCCCCUGACUCAUCCACUAAUGACUCCAGCUGCGACGCUCUUAGACGAAUUGAUGACAGCUACUACCAGAUCUCUCCGAAAAAGCUUAGGGCUGCCACUAAAGGCCGGGCCCUGCUUUUGAACCAUACAAUCCGUUACUUUCUCAACCAGCCCCCUGGUUGCCUCAAAAAUUUCCCUGAUUUCCACUUUGACAUUGACCCAAAGUACCGUGUCCCAUUCUUCUACCAUAAACUGUACUACUCCUAUUUCACCGUUCGUGAAGCCGAGUGGACGAGGGAAUUCCACGAGCUUACUGCCCAAUGGAAUCAGCUUCAACACCAUAUGAAAUGGCACGGAAUACUGUAUGCUCCCACUACCGACGCUGGAAAACAGUACUGGGCGUUAGGGGUACAGCUUGCACGUAAACGCUCUAACCUCGAAGCGUUGGCCAAGCAAAACUCGCCCGACGCUAACGCCCAGCUUCAUUUGACGAAAUCGAUUGUGGCGCUUGACAAGUCUCUUGCCGAGCUCAAACGCCAACAAAACCAGGAGUUAGAGCGCAUGGAAUGCAGUGCCACGGACACUUACCUCGAGGAUUUGACGGAGGUGAAACGUCUUCGGAAUUUGAUCAUCCAAAAGCUCCAUACGUUCAAGAUCUUGUUUGCAAAUUUCGCUUAUUUUUACGACGCAACCGAAACAAAUGGUUACUACGUAUUUCUGGACGACAUGGUCAAGGUGGUGUACAAAGAUGACAUCGAACCACACAUUGUGGGUAUGUUCACCAACAAGGAAAAACACGCGUACAUAAAGCAUUACCCUACCAACUAUUUCACGGAAGUUCGACGCAUGAUGGACAAUACCCCUCUCCAUGCGUGUAAUCUCGACAGUAUACAGUCAUCGAGGCGAGAAACCAAAACUGAAAUUGCUGCCUUUGAGCGCCAAUGUUCUGCGUGGAAGUCGUCAGAAAUUGUCACAAGAUUUGCGUUUCUGCUGGAGAUAACCGUGUUUUCUAACUAUGGGCUAGCGAUUUUCCGAGUAAAGCCGGGAGAAAUGGAGUAUUUCGACGUAGCAAAGCAACAUUUCGACAACCCCGAUCAAGUGACAAUCAAGUGCAUUAUGCAGUUUUCCCCUUUUUGGGGACGGGGCGAAUUUAUAAUGCUCCUUAUAUAUUCCCACGAAGGGAACGCCCCCCGAGCCACCAAAUCAACCGCAAAUGGGAUUUCGAAGCUUACCAUUCUUCGCCAAACGAAGGGAGACUGUCUGGCAUGA